CACACUCAUCCCUUUUCUCUCGGUGACCAGCAGAGGUGGAGAAUCUCAUUUCCACUCAGCCAGACUGAGACGGGAGAAUUUGGAAGACCUCCCCCAAAAAGCCACACUGAGGAAGUUUGCAGAAGCUGCGGCAGCGGCAGCAGCAGCAACUGAAAGGACUAGAGACUGCAGCCACUUCUUCUCUGCCGCUUCUGCCGCUGCUGCCUCUGUCCUGGAGCCCGCGCCUGGAAGGACAUCCCUGCUCGCCUUGACUUUGUUGGGUUUCGUGAAUCUCAUGCCUGAAACGGGGACUCGGGCAGCUGCCAGUGCCCGGAAAACGAGCCCGGCGCGGACCUCCAGGGUGAAAAAAGUGACUGCACAAGACUAGUCUUGUGAAAGAUAGAACACUUCUGCUUGAUUUCAAGAUGGAAACCUUUUAUCUCAGGGCCUCCUUUUGGCUCCUAUUGGCUGGGUGUGUGGUCAGUGACAAUCCUGAAAGUUAUCACACAAAUCUGAGUGACCCCAUGGAUGACUUGACCACAUUUCGUGGGACAGAGCCCAGCCUCCCCUUCACUACCCACCGCCCUACUUCCUUGGUCCUGCCAAGCAACGGCUCCAUGCGUAACUACUGCCCUCAGAAGACUAAAAUCACUUCAGCUUUCAAGUACAUCAACACAGUGAUAUCUUGUGCUAUUUUCAUCGUUGGAAUGGUGGGGAAUGCGACUCUGCUGAGGAUCAUUUACCAGAACAAAUGCAUGAGGAAUGGCCCUAAUGCACUGAUAGCCAGCUUGGCCUUGGGAGACCUAAUCUAUAUUGUCAUUGAUAUCCCUAUCAAUGUAUUUAAGCUCCUAGCUCAGCGCUGGCCUUUCGAGCAGAAUGAGUUUGGAGUCUUUCUCUGCAAGCUGUUUCCCUUCUUGCAGAAGGCCUCAGUCGGGAUCACGGUCCUCAAUCUCUGUGCUCUGAGUGUGGACAGGUACAGAGCAGUUGCCUCCUGGAGUAGAGUUCAGGGAAUUGGGAUUCCCUUGAUCACUGCAAUUGAAAUUGUGUCCAUUUGGAUUCUGUCGUUUGUCUUGGCUAUUCCUGAAGCCAUUGGUUUCGUCAUGGUGCCCUUUGAGUAUAGGGGCAAAGAACACAAAACCUGCAUGCUCAACCCCACAAACAAGUUCAUGGAGUUUUACCGAGAUGCAAAAGACUGGUGGCUCUUCGGUUUCUAUUUCUGUGUACCGUUAGCAUGUACUGCCAUCUUUUAUACCCUAAUGACUUGUGAGAUGCUCAACAGAAGAAAUGGCAGUUUGAGAAUUGCACUCAGCGAGCACCUUAAGCAGCGCCGUGAAGUGGCAAAAACAGUGUUCUGUUUGGUUGUGAUUUUUGCUCUUUGCUGGUUUCCUCUUCAUCUCAGCCGAAUCUUGAAGAAGACUGUGUACAACGAAAGGGACAUGAACCGGUGUGAAUUGCUUAGUUUCUUAUUGCUUAUGGAUUACAUCAGCAUUAACUUGGCAACUAUGAAUUCAUGUAUAAACCCGAUAGCACUAUAUUUUGUCAGCAAAAAGUUUAAAAAUUGUUUCCAGUCAUGCCUCUGCUGUUGCUGUUACCAGUCAAAAAGCCUCAUGACCUCAGUACCUAUGAAUGGAACAAGCAUUCAGUGGAAAACCCAUGAACAAAACCACCACAACACAGACAGAAGCAGCCACAAGGACAGCAUAAACUGAUUCCCAGAAUACCAGCAAUGCCUCAAGCCUUAUGAAAAAAGAAAGACUGAUCCCCACAGAUGUUUUGCCAGGAAGUUUACCAAUUUUCUCAUUCUUCCCUGCCCCUGCCCCUGAAGAAUGCACUUGAGAAUUGCCAUCCAGUAACCUGGUUAUGUCUUUUAAGUCCUGUGAAGCUGACUGCUUUCAGCUGACGUGACGUUUUUCAGAGAUGCCAUUCAGCAGUGUUGGGGGGAAUCUGGAAAGAACUCUUAGAGUUCUUUGCCCCCAGGGACAUAUCUGUUGCUUUUGCAGGAAGUGAGAGUUCUCCCCAUAUGUGUGACUGGCAUAAGGUGCACCUUCUGGCUGAGCUGUGCUGGGAAGCGGCACCAUGAAAUGCUGGUGAGGGCCACAAGAAAGAAGACUGUGAACAACAUAGUGCAUCUCCAGCCUCUUGAGUGUUGAAAUUUGUUUUUCUUAUAAAACACAGUAUGGGUUUAAGCCACCUUUGUUUUAAAUGUCAGUCCACACCAGUAUUCUUCUUAAAAAGUUACAUAUCUUAGUAGCAUAGUCACAAUCAUUUGCUCUUGUUCUACACACAUUUUGUAAAGAAAGCAGUAGAUUUAGUGAGCAGUCAGAAGGUAAGGUUUCACUAAGCAAUGAUGAAUCUAUAAAAAUGUAUGUCUUAAAAGCAGCUUAAAUUUAGGUACUUAAAACUCAAACUGAAAGCGCCAGAAGGUACGAUGAUGUGCUAUUAAUAGACAUUUACUUAGUGCUUUAAUUUGCAAAGUGCUUUAUGAAUGUUACUCCAUUUGAGCUCCAGAACAGCCCUAGAAAGUAGCUACUACAGAUAGAAUUGUCCUCAUUUUAUAGAUGAGGAAACCGAGGCUCAGAGAGAAGUGACUUGCUCAGGAUUACAAAGCUAGGAAAUAUAAGAGGCAGGCUUUGAACCCAGGUCUUCCUGUCUCUCAAUCUAGUGUUCUGUCAGGCUGCAACUCUAAGUAUUAGUCUAAGGACUUUUAAAGAAACCUCUUGGGGAAAUUUUUUAAUGGUCCUUUCUAAGCUAAAGGGCAUACUGAAACUCAUCAUAAAUUCCCAAAUCACAUUUCAAUUCCACAGGCAUUUACUAAAUGCUGGAGUUACUUUUGGAUUUAAUAGUCAUUUUCCACAAGCCCAUUCCUUUCUUCGGGAGUAUCUAUUUCUCCUACAAAAUGAAGAGAAUGUACUAAGAAGUAAAAGACAAAGCACUUAAACUAUUUCUGAAAUUUUCAGUAACUGUCACUGACUUAAGAGGAAAUGCAAGGAAAUAUGGAAUUCAAAGUCUAAGCAAAGUAUCCCAUUUUCAUUGGAGGUUUUUGUUUGUUUGUUUGUUUGUUUUCAAUUUUGAAGCCUAGUAAUCCAAACUCUAGCAGCAUUUCUUUUGCUACAUCUGGAUAUAUGCUUUAACUCUCAGUGAUUCUCAAAAAUGGCUAAGUGAUGGCACCAGUUCUUAGCUACUGAGUGUUCCAUGUCCAUCCUUAGACAUGGAACAUUAGACAUGCUAUGUUUCAGUGCCUCUUCUCUCUGCUACAGAAGACUGCUAGAAGAGUGACGGGGUUUUACAUGCCAGGUUGAAAUGUAGCCAUCCUAAAUGCCAACAUGGACUUCUUCAUGUCCUGGGUCCAAAGCGCGAGCCUUCUUCACGUUAACCUGCUCACAAGGUCACCAUUUCAAAGUGCUUCCAAUGACUUAUUCUGGGCAACUUCCCAGAUGUUUACAGUCUGUGCACAGCAGAGAGCCUUCAAGUGUACAUAGAAACACCAUUUGUAAAUUUCUUUGCAGAAUUUUUUUGAGAUUAAAUGUCCAUGAUGUGUCUUUGUGUAUGUACAUAUGUGUGCAUAUAAUAUAUGCUGUUGUGUACCAAACCAUAACCUGAUAGUAUUGUUCAAGAGUAGUGCCCCCUAGUGGACCUUGAAAUGUCCUUAGGGGACACUUAACCAGGAUGAUUAAUUCUACAUCAGAAGCCUCUUUGUUCCCAAAGUUAGUGACUAGGCUUGUCAUUCCAAAGGGGUGAUCCAAUACAUUGAACAAAUGACUGGCUGUGAUAUACAAGGCCAAUGCAACAAGAUGAUUUCUUUUUUUUUUUCUAACUAAUUUUUUUGAUGAAGUAACAUUGGGUUGUGUCACCUCCUGUGCUACAGUGACAGGAAUGCAUUCUCUUAUAAUAACUUCCUGCUGCCACCCCCCUCUGUCCAUAGGCACACAUAGGCAGCUAUGUGUAAUGAAUAGAGGAUAAGCCUUGGGGUCAGGAAGACCUGAGUUCAAGUACUAUCUCUAGCGUAUCAUGGCUGGGUGACUAAGUCACCUAUCCUCUCAGUGCCCAGGAACUUCUUGCUAACUAUAUGUUUCAGACUAAUUGACACAAUUUGCAAUAGUAGAGGGAGUUUCCAUACACAGCUUUCCCUAUCCUGAUGAGGUCAUCUGGACCAGAAAAAAAAAAAAAGGACAAUACAUUCAUGAGGAUGCCAAGUAGUGCUAGAAGACAGUGCCAGGAAUCCUGCUUUGCUGACACAGAGCUAAGCUUAUUUAUGGUGCUUCAUUUAGACAUGAUCCCAGACACCAUUCCCCCUAAAAACUUAUCCUAGGUUCUGCCAUUGAAACUGAGAGGCUAGAAAUUUGUGUUUAUUCAAGUGUUACCCUGUCACAUUCCCUUCAUUUAUUGGUACAGCACAUGAAACGACAUAUGCCUAUAACAUAAGCUAUAGUAUUACAAGAAUUUUGUUUAGACAAUCAUAAUUGUAAAAAAAAUACAUGGUUUCUUGCAUAUGGAUAAAAUGUAUUUUAUAAAUCCAGAACGUCACACAUUUCUGGCAUCAAAUAGUAAUUGCAUGAGCUUAAGUAUGUGGGUUGUCAAUAAGCUUAGUAGGAGAUAAUUAUGCUUUUGAUGAGGCUAAUUUCCACAAUAUUUAUCAUAUCUAUACAGCAAAGUGACUCCCUAUAGAAAUGAGCCAGAUGCCAAGGUCCCAUGAUGGAAGUGGCCCAGAAAUGUAAAAUAAAGCAGAUAUUCCUACAA